UCAUUAUAGUUUAGUGUGGUUUUACCGAUAGCAAUAGCUCGUUGGAUACAUGCUGCUUAUUUUUGAUCGGCAUAGGAGACGAAGCAGACAUCUGUUGACAUUUAAAAAAAAAUGAGUGGCCUAACCGUUGUAACAGCUCCUGCACUCACAAGAGUGUAUACUGAUGUUGAUACUGGUGCAGAUAUGGAUCUCUCCGUUUUUCAGGCAGCUUUGUUUCAAAUUCCUUACGGUUUUUUUAUAAUUGGUCAAGCAGCUGUUGGUCAUACUAGUGCCAAAAAUCCAGCAACAUCUUCUAUAAUAUUGGUAAAGCCAUCGAAACCUGAAAUGGUGGCCGAACCCGUACAUUUUGAGGAAGUAUGGAACGAUAAAGGUACGGGCGGUAGUGAACAUUGCUCGUUUUGGAGAGUUGUUCCUCCAAAAGAUUAUGUUGCACUUGGUGAUCUGGUUACCAAAGGCUACGACCCACCAACGAGUGCACUAAGAUCAAAGUAUGCCUGCAUUAAAAAAGAAUUUGUUGUUCAGGGCGUAAUGGAUCCUUCUCCCAUAUGGAAAGACAAAGGUUCAGGAGCAGACGGUGAUGGCUCAUUAUGGCAAGUUCAUGGUGAAGGUCUUGGAGGCUUUUUCAAAGUUCAAAGUGGUUAUUCAAUGCCAUCUUUUGUUGUUUACGUUCUCCCUGCUACAGUUGAAGAAAAAAGAAAAAGCUAAGCAAAUUAUUCUUGGAACGUUUUACUUUAUUAACUUCUUACAGUAGAACAUUUUACUAGUAAUUUUGUUUGACUGUUAUGCAUGUGAAAUUUCAUUUAAAACCUUUUGUGCAAUGUUUUCUGGAAGCCGUUAUAUAUUUCAGGCAUGAUUAUCUUUCUUUUUUAAUUAAUAAAGUUUGCCAGUUAAUCAUCUAAAAUAAUGAAAUAUUGUGUAGUCAAAACUUCACGAAUCUCUUUGUAAUCACUUUUUGGUGUGCAGUAUAAACUGAGCUCAUACAGCUACUCAAUAAAUGCAGCAUAUUACAGUUUUUUAGCAUUAAAACAUGCACCCAGCUAUUACACAUGUAGGGCACGUAGCAUAUUUUUGAUCUCAACAAGAACAGUCUAUUUCUCUUAAACUGCGUCUCUCUCCCAUUAUUUUUCCUGAAACAUUAAUAUUUUUAUACGUAUCGUAACAAGUUUUCAAUUUUUUCCGUUUUAAGAAUACAUAGGUAAUUGAUAAUUCUGUCGUUUUGGUCGUAAAUAAAGUUUAUUUUAUGUAA